AUAACAAUUACAAUGGCUGAUACACAAGUAGCGAACAUUGUAAAUGAAAUUUUGGGAAUUAAUUUCCAGCGAGUAGAGACGGUAGAAGAAGCAUUUAGUGGUUUCUUAGUGCAUAAACCGGAAGAAGAGAACGAGCGGCUAUCAAUGUAUCAAAAGAAAUUAAGUGCUAUCAUGACUACGUCCAGUGCCGAAGUACAGGAGGCUGCAAUCCGUCAGUACAUAACACUGACUGCAGUACUUACCAAUAGAUACAAAAUGAAACAGCUCUUAGGUAUACUUGAAAAUUUAGUGAAUACAAACAUUCUACAAGCACGAAUGUUAUGUGACUGUAUAUUAACAAGUGAGAAGCUUAUCUAUAAAAACAGUGACUUUUGGAUUGAAUGUUUUUGUUUAAUUAGAAGAAUUAUUGGUGGUGUUGACUAUAAGGGUGUCAGAGAAAUAAUGAAGGGCUGUAGAGAAAAGGCACAAACUUUACCAGUAAGAUUAAACUCAAGCACGUUGCCUCAAAUGAAGGCAUUGUACAAUGUAAUGGAAUAUAUUUUUGACAGGAAUGCUUCCCUGUUGCCAGCUUAUUUUAUUGUCACAGAAAUUCAAAAGGCCUAUCCUGAUAACAAUCACUGGCCACAUUGGAAACUGGCCAAGCUGCUAACUACAUUUGUAGAAAGCUUCAAACCUUGCGCUCAAAUGGUAUCCAUUAUAGGCCACUCUCAAAUGUUGCCUGUAGUCGAGUUCUCGGGAUACUCAGAUCAUCUAGUUAACCCGUGGCGGCUAGAUCCUGCUACAUUAAGGUUUGCACUCAAAGGGAAUUUGCCCUAUGACGAAGAUUUGCUAAGGCCACAGAUCUCAUUACUAAGGCAUGUGUUGCAGCAACCUUAUUCAAGAGACAUGAUGUGUUCAAUGUUGGGCCUUCAGAAACAACAUAAGCAGAGAUGUAUAGCAUUAGAGGAUCAACUAGUUGAAUUAAUGAUUUUACCGAUGGAGAAGUGCGAGCAGGAGAAUGAAGAAGAUGAAAUGUCAUCGACUCAUUGGUGCUGGCUACAUUUAUCAUCACAAGUUAUCUAUCUUAUACUGAUAGGAUUUGCAUCAUUCCCUAAUAUUGUAAUGGGACUUCACAACAAACUUAUAGGUCAUGAUUUGAAGAAAGGCCGGGACCACCUAAUGUGGGUACUCCUACAGUUUAUUUCUGGGAGUAUUCAAAGGAACCCGCUUGCAAACUUUUUGCCUAUAAUAAAACUCUACGAGUUGUUGUAUCCCGAGAAGGAGCCUUUACCAGUACCUGACUGUGCGAGAGCGCAUUGCACGCAUCAAAUGGCCGUUGUGUGUAUAUGGAUGCAUUUAUUGAAGAAAGCCGAAUCUGAACUUAAAACCAUGACGUUACCACAAAACCUCAAAGUACAAUAUGAAUAUCUCCAGCAUCUAAUGACAUCGAGCAACACACCUACAAUAAUGGGUUCAGACUAUCGCAUAGCUCUGUUAUGCAACGCUUAUUCAACCAAUCAGGAAUAUUACUCCCGGCCGAUGGGCAUUAUAAUCGAGUCAUUAUUUGGCAGUCAAAAAGCCAUGCCGAAUGGAAAUCCCGCAACGCCUUUGCCAACAGCGCCUUUAUCUAUGUGUAUAUUGGAUAGUUUGACAUUGCAUUGCAAGAUGUCGUUGAUACACUCAAUAGUGUCGCAUGUGGCGAAACUGGCACAAAAUAAGACGAACAUACCUGGCAGUAGUAUGAUGGCGCCAGCUCUUGUGGAAACGUACAGCCGACUGCUGGUUUACACGGAGAUCGAGUCCUUGGGCAUAAAAGGAUUUAUAAAUCAGCUCCUUCCGAACGUGUUCAAGUCACAUGCAUGGGGCAUCUUCCACAACCUGCUGGAUAUGUUCUCAUACAGAAUCCAUCACAUACAGCCCCACUAUAGAGUCACUCUGCUUUCUAAUAUACACUCGCUCGCCGCAUGUCCUCAACCCAACCAGACGCAGCUACAAUUGUGCUUUGAAAGUACCGCAUUAAGGUUGAUAACCAGUUUAGACAGCUCUGGCGUACAGUUGCAAAUGUCACGUGUCUUCUCCGAGCCCAAGUCGCUCGUCUCCAGCGAGAGCGAAGAGCUAAACCGAGUUCUCGUACUCACUCUCGCCAGGGGAAUUUGUAUGUCUGGAGCUGGUAAUGACGGAGCUGCGGUGAAGGAAUUGCUGACAACCAUCAUGACGAAUACACCACAUUUAUGGUCACAGCACACGCUACAGUGCUUCCCGCCCGUGCUUGUGGAGUUCUUUUCGCAGAAUCCUUCCCCUAAAGAGAACAAGCAACUACUCAAAAAGUCCGUAGAAGAGGAAUACAGGAAAUGGACGUCGAUGGCGAAUGAUAACGACAUUAUAUCGCACUUCUCAGUUCCCGGGACACCAUUAUUCCUUUGUUUACUGUGGAAGAUGAUCUUCGAGACCAAUAGGAUCAACCCUAUUGCUUUCAAAAUCCUUGAGCGAAUCGGCGCACGCGCUCUAUCAGCGCACCUCCGCAAGUUCUGCGACUACCUAGUAUUCGAAGUAACGAACCCCGCUGGCGGGCCUCAUAUAAACAAAUGCGUGGACGCAAUCAACGACAUCAUCUGGAAGUACAACAUCGUCACCAUAGACAGACUGGUUUUAUGCCUCGUCCUGCGUCCCAACCCUGACGGAAACGAGAGCCAAGUGUGCCUGUAUAUCAUUCAACUGUUGUUAUUGAAAGGUUCCGAGUUGAGGAACAGGGCACAGGACUUCGUUAAAGAGAACUCGCCGGAGCAUUGGAAACAGAACAACUGGUACGAAAGACACUCAGCCUUCCAUAGGAAGUAUCCAGAGAAAUUCGCACCCGAGGAGACAAGCGGCGCAUACGGUGGCCCCAUACCUGUGUACUUGAGUAACGUGUGCUUGCGGUUCAUUCCCGUGAUGGAUAUCGUUGUGCAUAGAUAUCUGGAGAUACCGCAAGUUAGCAAGAAUCUGGAGCAACUUUUGGAGCAUUUGGGCUACUUGUAUAAAUUUCACGAUCGUCCAGUAACAUUCCUCUACAACACACUUCACUACUACGAGUCGAAACUGCGAGAUAAGCCACUGCUAAAACGGAAACUUGUAAACGCUGUUCUGGGUGCCUUGAAGGACGUGCGCGCAAACAACUGGGCAACGACUGAAUCAUUCCAGGGUUACUUGUCGAAUAACGAAUUGGAUGUGACGACUUGGACCCCAGACCUCAAUUACUACUUGAGCUUGGUUAACCGAAUGGUUGAUACAAUGACUGGCAGCUCCCCAUUCCCGGCCACGGACUGGCGCUUCAACGAGUAUCCGAACCCGUCUGCGCACUGCCUGUACGUGACAUGCGUAGAACUGAUGACCUUGCCGGUGAUGCCAAACGACGUCGCCAACAGGCUUCUCGAAGUGGCGACAAAAGGAUUCGUCGUCAUCCCAGCGACGAAACUCCAGUUCUGGAUCAACACAAUCGGAAUUAUCAUGGCUGCAUUACCUGAUCCCUAUUGGACCGUCAUCCACGAUAAAAUUUACGAGUUGAUAACUAGCAGCGAAAUGCUCGAAUGGCCGCAUCCAUACACGCCGUUCCAGUUGUUUAACAUGAAUACGACGAACGACGCGAUGUUGGAGAACAAGUACAGUAUGACGUUGGCGCUGGCGCAUGCGAUAUGGUAUCACGCUGGUGCUGGACAAAUCACGCAGAUUCCCACGUUUGUCAAAGAGAAAUUGACCCCGGAGAUACAUACUGAGACCCAGCUUCUCUUCCUAUGCCAUCUCGUCGGGCCAUACUUGCAACGCUUCAAUUCGGACGUGUCGCGGGCGGUCAUGGAGAUAACUAAGACACUGUACGAACUAUUGGCCCAUAUCGACAAGAUUCAACCACAUCUGCAGUACAUCGAUCCGGUCUGCGAUUUGCUAUAUCACAUAAAAUACAUGUUCGUCGGAGACACGAUGAAGAGCGAGGUUGAAGGAGUGAUACGCAAACUGCGCCCGGCUUUACAAAUGCGCCUGCGUUUCAUCACUCAUCUUAACGUCGAGCAAAUCAAUACCGCCUAGCAAAACGACUACUACAGCUAUACGCCUUCAAGCUCGAGCUCGAGCUCCGAAUAGUGGCCUGCUGUAGUCCUAGGAGUGUUAUGGAUUGUUUUAGUUGCGGAAGUGUUUGAAAGUGUAAAACAAAAGUUCAAAAAUCAAGCAAUAAUAUGAACCUGAAACUAUGUUAACUAUACGUUAUGUUAUGUAUAAAGGUUGCUGCAUGCGUAACGUGCUACAAGUGGAUGUUGCGGAGCGCGGGAAUUUAUUGUGGAACUGUUGAGUAUAAUGAAACAGAGCGCCAGAAACGGAUUUAAAAAAAAAAUCGUUGAUGAUGUGAAGUGCUGAACAUUACCUAAGGGUACCCAUUUAUUUAUUCAUUCAUAAGACACGCCAGCAAUUUAUUGUGACAGCACAUAAAAAAAUAACAGUAGUAGAAUAACAAUAUCUGUCUAGUGCCAUUACAUCAAUCAAUUAUAGGUGCAUACACAUUAUCAUUAUGACAUCUGGUCAAAAAAAAACUAAAAUAAGUAUUAAACUAACCACUAUUAGAAAUUAUGAUGUAUAUACUAAAUAUACUACAAUGGCAAAUUGAUAAAUAAUAUUGAAUAAAAUUACAAUUUAUAAAAAGAUUA